AUGGCUCGACAUUUAGGCGAAAUGGAGGAUAAAGGAUUGGAGGACCGAAUCAAGGGAGGCUGGAACGGAGAGUGGGUGGGGCGGUCUCUUCAUCAGAGUGGUGAGGGAAGGGUGGUACAACUGGAGCAAAGGCGGGAGGUUGAAGGCCGAAGUGGGAAUAGAGGGCAACCUGUGGAUGUGGUGGGGGCUGGGGUUGAUCUUGUAAUACCCUCUGUAUCCAUUCGAGCUAUUUUCAGGAAAAGGAAGUUGUGUGUCUUGCUUGAGGAGCAUCAGAUUGGGAGAAGAAGGAUUGGGGACUAA